AUGCGGUUUGGAGUGAAAGGCAAAUUGGCACUGAGAUAUGUUGGGCCAUAUGAGAUUCUUGAGAAAAUCAACCCGGGGACGUAUCGGGUUGCUUUACCUACAAUCAUGGAAUAUAUGCAUAAUGCUUUUCAUGUUUCGAUGCUUCGGGAAUAUUUACGAGAUCCAUUCCAUGCGAUUGAGCCAACUCAUGUGCUUCUGAAGGAUGACUAUGCGUACAAAGAUAGGCCAAUUCAAAUUGUGAAUCGCAGAAUCAAACGAUUGAGGAACAAAGAAAUAUCGUUGGUCAAAGUUGAUUGGCAAAACCAUGGAGGGACCUAUGCAACUUCGGAGACGGAGGAAGAUAUGAUGAGAAGAUACCUUGAUUUGUUUCCUUUGGACCUGAUGUUCUUUCAAAAUGAAGAUUCAGAUGUGGUUUGA